UUCCUUUUUCCGCCAUUGUGGUGUGUGCUUUACUCCGUUUCUUGCCAUGUCUUCUCACAAGACUUUCAGGAUUAAGCGAUUCCUGGCCAAGAAACAAAAGCAAAAUCGUCCCAUUCCCCAGUGGAUUCGGAUGAAAACUGGUAAUAAAAUCAGGUACAACUCCAAAAGGAGACAUUGGAGAAGAACCAAGCUGGGUCUAUAAGAAAUUACACAUGUGAUGGCACACAUAUUUAUGCUGUCUGAAGGUCACAAUCGUGUUACCAAAUCAAGCUGAAAAAUGUCACCACUGUCUGGAGAAGUUUGAACAAUUUCCUCUCUGGAUCUGUUAUGAAGGCAUUAGUUAGUACAACCCACAGUGCUUCCAUUAUUCAUGUUAAAAAAAAAAAAAAAAGAAGGCUUUGGUUGCCUGGG